CCCGCCGCCAGCGCACGGCGGCAGCCAGACCGCCGCGGCACCGCACGGCCGCCCCGCCGCUCCCCUUCGCUUCGCUCCGCUCUGCUCUGCUCUGCCAGCGGGAGCCGGCCGCGGAAGGGGGCGAGGAUGCUGCGCCUCAGCCUCCGGGCCGGCCGCGCCCGCCGCCGGCAGCGGCCGUGCCCGCCGCUCCUCCUGUCAGCGCUGCUCUGGGCACCGGUGCUGGUGGCCUUCAACCUGGACGAGGAGAAGCUGACGGUGUACAGCGGGCCCCCGGGCAGCUACUUCGGGUACUCGGUGGACUUCUACAUCCCCGACCCCAGCACAGUCAGUGUCCUGGUAGGAGCUCCCAAAGCCAACACCACGCAGCCAGACAUCGUGGAAGGAGGAGCGGUGUACCACUGCGGCUGGCCCGCCGCCCGCUGCAGGCAGAUCCCCUUCGAUAACACCAACAACAGGAAAAUUAAAGUCAAUGGCACGAGGGAACCUAUUGAGUUUAAGACAAAUCAGUGGUUUGGGGCAACAGUCAAAGCUCAUAAAGAAAAAGUUGUGGCUUGUGCUCCCUUGUAUCAUUGGAGAACCCUUAAAGACAGCCCUGAGAAGGACCCCGUUGGCACCUGCUAUGUAGCAAUUCAGAACUUCAGUGCCUAUGCUGAAUAUUCACCUUGUCGAAAUAGCAAUGCAGAUCCCGAAGGACAAGGCUUUUGUCAAGCAGGUUUCAGCUUAGAUUUUUACAAGAAUGGAGACCUGAUAGUAGGCGGGCCUGGUAGUUUUUAUUGGCAAGGUCAAGUAAUCACUGCAAGUAUUGCGGAUAUCAUUGCAAAUUACUCCUUCAAGGAUAUUUUGAGGAAACUGGCACGAGAAAAGCAAACAGGAGUGGCCCCACCUUCGUAUGACGACAAUUACAUGGGAUACUCAGUGGCUGCUGGGGAAUUUACUGGGGAUUCUGAACAAGAGUUGGUUGCUGGAGUCCCAAGGGGAGCACAGAACUUUGGCUAUGUCUCAAUUAUUAAUUCUUCAGACUUGACCUUUAUCCAGAAUUUCACUGGUGAACAGAUGGCGUCUUAUUUUGGGUACACUGUUGCAGUAUCUGAUGUUAACAAUGAUGGUUUAGAUGAUAUCUUAGUUGGUGCUCCUCUCUUUAUGGAACGAGAAUUUGAGAGCAAGCCUAAAGAAGUUGGGCAAGUUUAUCUAUACCUGCAAGAAAGUGCUUUCCUCUUCCGAGAUGCACAAAUUCUGACAGGCACUGAAGUAUUCGGUAGAUUUGGCAGUGCAAUCACACAUCUUGGAGAUCUCAAUCAAGACGGAUAUAAUGACAUUGCUAUUGGUGCACCAUUUGCAGGAGAAGACAGAAGAGGGAAAGUGCUUAUUUACAAUGGAUACAGUAAUGGGUUAAAUACUAACCCUUCCCAGGUUCUCAAUGGAGCCUGGGCCUCACAGUCUAUGCCUUCGGGAUUUGGCUUCACUCUAAGAGGAGACUCAGAUGUAGACAAGAAUGAUUACCCAGAUUUAAUUGUAGGUGCAUUUGGAGCUGGAAAAGCAGUUGUUUACAGGGCCAGACCUGUUGUGACAGUGAAUGCUCAGCUCAUUCUGAACCCCAUGAUUGUGAAUCCAGACAAUAAAACUUGUCAGCUCCCUGGCUCUCAGCUUUUGGUGGCCUGCUUUACUGUAAGAGUCUGCGCAGACUUUGAAGGUCAAAGUAUUUCAGAUGAGAUAGUGCUGAAAGGUGAAUUGCAAUUAGAUUCAUUGAAACAGAAAGGAGCUGUUAAGAGGACCCUCUUCUUUGAUUACCAUCAGUCACAUCAUUACUUCUCCAUUGUGAUAGAAAGGCAGAAACAGCUCCGUUGCCAGGACUUCCUUGUUUAUCUCAGAGAUGAAACAGAAUUUAGAGAUAAAUUAUCUCCUAUCAAUAUAAACUUGAAUUAUAGUUUGGAUGAAUCCAAUUUUGAAGAUAGCUUGACUGUGAAGCCAAUACUGAACUAUUACCAGAAAAGCUCAGUAACAGAACAGGCUUACAUUCUGGUUGACUGCGGGGAAGACAACUUGUGCAUUCCUGACUUGCAGCUUUCUGCUAUGCCAGAUAAAGAUCAGUUAAUAAUUGGAGAAGAAAACUGUGUCAUGCUCAUAAUAAAUCCAAGGAAUGACGGGGAAGGAGCCUAUGAAGCUGAGCUACAUAUAAGGAUUCCACCUGAAGCAGAUUACACUGGGGUUGAGCGCAACAACAAGGCCCUGCGUGUAUUGAGCUGUGAUUACAAGAUGGAAAAUGAAACUAGAAUGGUGGUUUGUGAUCUUGGGAACCCCAUGGUGGCUGGCGCAAACUUCUCUACAGGCAUUCGAUUUUCUGUUCAGCAUUUUGAAAAUGCAGAUUUCAGCAUCAAUUUUGAGCUGCAAGUAAAAAGUUCAAACAAGAUUAAUCCCACCAGCAACUUAGUUAACCUCCAUAUCAACAUCAGUGCUGUGGCUCAAGUACAGAUCAGAGGAGUGUCUCACCCCCCAACAAUUAUUUUGCCACUUCACAACUGGGAACCCAAAGAUGAACCUACAAAAGAAGAAGAAAUUGGUCCUUUAGUAGAACACAUCUAUGAGCUGCACAAUAUAGGACCGAGUGCUGUCAACAAUACAGUUCUCCAUGUCGGUUGGCCUGUGUCCAGUCGAGAAGAAUUUCUUCUUUAUAUUCUUCAUAUUCAGACACAUGGACCAUUGCACUGUCAAACGAGCUCUCCUAUUAAUGCAAUGCAAAUCAAGUUUGCUAUUCCACAAGACACCCCUGAACUUGCUGCUUUUUUAUAUAAUUCCACAAUUUCUCAUUACAUCAGAAGAAGGGAUGUCACAGUGGCAGAACCUCACAGGAAAAACUCUGCAAAAAUAUUGAACUGUACAAAUGUGAAGUGUAUCCUAAUUUCCUGCACUGUGGGACAACUGGAAAGAGGGAAGAGUGCAGCGCUAAAAAUCAGGUCCCGGCUAUGGGCCCAAACAUUCCUGGAGAGAAAGAACGACCUCUAUACUCUUUCUUCCAAUGUGUCCUUCGAAGUUAAGAGCAUGCCCUAUAAAGUGCAACCAGCAAAGCUCCCCGAGGGAAGCAUAGCAAUCAGAACAUCUGUCAUUUGGUCCACUCCAAAUGUCUCCUUCGUAAUCCCUUUAUGGGUUAUAAUACUAGCAAUACUUCUUGGACUACUGGUACUAGCUAUGUUGACCCUAGCUUUAUGGAAGUGUGGCUUCUUUGACAGAGCUAGACCUCCUCAAGAUGACAUGGCUGACAGGGAACAACUGACAAGUAACAAGACUACUGAUGCAUAGAGGAAGAAAGUGACAGUUCAAGUCAGAAUCCUGCCUUGAGACUAGAAACACAAUGAGGAUUAAAUGAAGGAUUCUUUCCGCCAGUCUUCCUGGGUACCUGCAAGUGACAUGGUGUCAUAAUCUGAUCUAUGCAACGUUCUGAGAACAUGCCACAUGAUGGCCAUUCUUGCCAAAGAAAGCAGCUUUAUCACUGCCUUACAAACACACUCACCACUGAACAGAAUGUUUAUCCCAUAUUACAGUCAGUCUACAUUUCAACAGAUGCUUUUGAACACGUGUGGUAUACUGAGAUGCUUCCAGAACAAGCCCAAAUCUCCCAAGGAGAGAACGCCUGCAUUGCUGUAUUGUCUAGAAGAUGGACCAGGACAAAACUUCUGAACACUACUGUAUCAUGCAGAAUACCUUUGACACCUCCCUAAGAAUAAGAACUUUUAUGAAAUUAUGGCUCAGGGAGACAAGCAAUGUAUCAGUACUGUGAAAGUACUUCUGAAAAACAAAGGUAGCCUAUAAAGAACUUUAUAGAUGGGGCACAUUUAUUUAUUUUUCCACCUUUUCAGGAUAAGUAUCUGAUAUAAUCAUCAACUUAGAUUUUGAGAGAAGAAAGUAAAAAAAUAGAAAUCAUGUACUUACCUUGCAUGUAAAUAGUAAAGUAAACCCAUUGUACACACAGAACACAUCUUUCUUGGCUACAAGGUGUUUUGCAAAGCAGAGGAUUUACGCAACAUUUUACAAGAUGAGAUAUAUGAUAAAUAAGUACAUGUUGUAUCUCUUUCAACCCAGAGCUGUCACACCCAGAUAACCAAAUCUAUGCACAGUAUAGAGCAGGGGAUGAGUUACCCUCUCAUCCCAUUGCUGAUGGCUGACACCUGUACAGCUGACACAGGAUUCAGUAAUUUGUGAAACACUGAUUUAAAUUAUCACAGCCACGCUGGUGAUAUCGAGAAGGCUUAGGGGUUUUGGGCUAGGGUAAAUUUUCUUUGCUAUUGCCUUAUUACUUUGUUGAAAUGGCCUCUUAGAACAGUUACUGCCAUUGUAUCUUCUGUUUAAUUUAUGUCAUAGACCCUAAUGCUUUGUUCACCUAAAGAAAUCUCUGCCUUUUUUUUUUAAAUUUUAUUUUACAGUCUACAAGUUGGCAGCAUGUUUAAAGUGUUGAUUUCAGCAAAGUUUAGGGCUGAAUGUAAUUAUUUCUUAAGCAAAGUCUUGCAGGGAAGGUGGGCAGGAUUUGUAUUUAUGCAGAAAAAGAAGAUGCUAGCCAGCCAAGCAUGAACAAAAAGAAGGGAAGAUAUUUUGAGGUAAAGAGUAAAAAUAUACAUUUAGGAUUUUUUUUUUUCUGGAUCAAGGAUUCUGAAGAAGAGAGGCAUCAUUCUUUCUCUUCUAUCAGCAAAUGGUCCUUAUCUCAGCAGGGCCCCUAAGCUCUGGAUCUGUGCAAAUUUGUGCCUGAAAGCUUGAGUCUUCCAGUGCUGCCUGUGAGUGUGAAAUUAGCUAUUUUGUGUAAAGUUCAGGAGGUAUUGUUCAUUUUCUGAAACCUACACCACACUUUCCUUCUGAGCUCCUUUUCUUUCCAAUCCAUCUCAGCUUCUUAAUCAGCAAAUGGCCUCAUCCAUUCUGCCACUGCUUGGCUCCUUUUAGAUAACUGCCCUUCUGCUUCCUAAGACUCCAGGACACGACUAUCCGUGAGAUAUUGUCACUUCUGUGAGUCUGAGAGAACAUUUUACGGUUUUACCAUUUCUUGCAUGCAGGCUGACCUGUGAAAUCCAAGCAGAAGCUAGGAAACCUGAGAAGGUGUGUUCCAUCUUCAUACCUAACGCAAAUUUGCAAGACCUUUAUGGAGUCUUUAGCUUAUCGGAUGCAGCAUGCCCAUGAGACAAUGAGAGGAGGACCCAUGCCUCAGAAUAUGGAGGUGCUUUGCCUCUGUUUUUUGAGGAUGGGGAGGCCUGACCGUUUCCCAGUCCCCCAGAAAACCACUAACAGACCCCUUCUCCCAAAUGGGUUUGAGCUGACCCCUUGUAGAUUAGAGAGAUCAACUGAUAAGUCGCACCACAAAGGAAGCCUGUCCCGUAUUUGCACACUUCUGUAUCCCAUGCAUUCCAGGCAAAAUUGUCCUCCCAUGAAAAAGACAGGGAGCUUCUAGCUUUUGUAAAUAUUGAACUGUUGUGUGUAGCAGCUUGUGAAAUAAGAUCAGCUAGCUCGUUACAGUCACAUCAUCUGCACAACUCUGAUGAAAUAGCACCAUAAGGAGAUACUGAACAUAGGACUUUUGUAUGUGCAAUACUUUAUAUUACUUAUAUACCUGAAGCAUGUUUACACUGGCAUUUGUGGUUGUUUUUUAAACUUUUGAAUAUGCUGAUUAAUGAUUACAAUAAAGAAAAAAAAAUCAGGAAAAAAAAAGUGAAAACAAACACAACUCUAUUCAGUAUUUGUUGCAAUGUGUUUUCAAUCCUGCAUUGUUCUGAGGAUGGGACUAGGUGACCUAAUAAGUUCUUUGCAGUUCACUUUUGAGCAAUUACUCUCCAUUUUAAUGAUGGGCAAAACAUGUUCAGAUACUAAAUUUAAACCAAAAAGAACCUCAGUGACUGCUGGGCCUGGCUGGAAUCCAUUGGCUGCAGCUGUGUAAUGUCACUGGAAACCAAAUUAGAGGCACAUGAUCUGACAAACAGUUACUUUGAGCAAAACUUUGUUUUAUAUUUCUACAUCCUUGUAGAUUAAACUUCCCCCAUGGAAAUGUCUGGAGCCGUGUGCUGUCAAGGGCUGUAGUCUUGGGUCUCAGCGUUUGUGGAUAGCUUUGGCUGCAAAUUGCAAACAGCUUUGCGAAGGAGAUUUCUGGGUUUCAGUGCUUGCCAGGAGUGUUUAUCCCCUGGGGAGAUUGCAUCCUGGAUGUGGACACGAGCAGGCAGUUGACAUAAUCUUUCCCCCCAGUAUAUUAGUAGUGUGCUGCACGAUAACCUCUGCCACAUCCCUACAUGACUGAACUUUUGUUUCAGUGAUGUCAGCCUUGCAGCGAGUUACUAAAUGCAGCUUUCUGUGAAAGUAAUUCAGCCUUACACUUCCAAAUGUAUGCGGUGAGCUGCUAAUUGCUGAGAAUACAGGAGUAGUCCAGAGAGCAGAAAAAACACGUUAGUUUAUAAAUUAAAGCCUUUUAAAGCUGUUUAUUGCUAUGACCACCACAGCAGUCUAAUAAACAGAGAGACAUCCAUCUGUUAUUUCACAUGCUUCUUGCCGAGUUUGACAAAGUCUGUCCCGUUAUUUCAUCCAUACAGCAGACUUUUUAAGAGUAUCAAGUGUCAAGCAACAUUUUCUGGUUUAUUAAAAUUUUAGAAAUUACAUAACAGGGAUCAGUACAUUUGAAUGUGUUGUCACUUGCGGAUUUAAUCUUUAAAGGUAUUUAGCAAAUACAGUUUUCACCUAGCCACCAGGUUGUUAACAGGAAUUGUUUCUUGUCACCCUCCUGUAACUCAUGUACAUUUUUUUUGUUUUCUCCAACUUUUUUGCCCUGACAGCUUUUAUGGGUUUCCCACUUGAGAUAUCUCUUGAAAAUUACACUGAUUUUCUCUAACUUUUAGCUGUGAUUUUUUUAAUCCAUUAGCAAGAAGGAUCUUCUGGUAGGCAUGGCAUACAUUAACUAAAAAGCCUUUUGGGAACUGAGAAAACACCUGGAGAUAUGCAGGGGAGAGAAAGUCCCAACUGGCCAUGCCCUGUGCUAUUCCACUACAUUGUAGCAAACUCUUUUUAAUGAAAUACCAUCUGACACACUGCCUUUAUGUGUGUUGUUUAUGAGUGAGUGUUU